AUGCCGAAGCGGUCGCGGUCGGUGCUGCACGCGUACCUUCUCCCCCCCUCGAAACGUCUGCAUGACGAGAAGCGACAAAGCCGCCAUGCACCACUUGCUGCGCAGGCCACAUUUGAUCUGGCGCCUGUAGCUGCUGCGGCGGACAACGAGGUUGUGCCUUAUGAUUACGGCUGCGGGUCGAGUGAGGCGGCAUUUGCCGCGUCUGAUGCGCCUAGCCACGUCCCGCGCAAGUUCCCUGAAGGCUGGGGAGGGGACAUCGACGAGGGCGCCUUGCCGGAUGAACCUUUUAUCCCGGAGGCCGAUCGGCUUGUCGGGCUACCGCCAUCGUGUCGCGCCGUACAGAGCGAGCCGAAUUGGCUGGAGCGCGCACUGAUGCUGGCACGCGGCGCGAGUCGUUGCACUACUCGAAGUCAGAUGCCUGGCGGCAGCGAGCUCGUCUUUCGCCUGCUGCCGCCUGCCCCAACUUGCCUGCAUCUUGCAGGCACGACGCAGGAGGAGAAGUGUCGCGCCGCCGCCGUUGCAAGCAUCGCCGCCGCCUUCUACGCCGCAGCUUGCCCAGAGGAUCCCCGUGUUUUCUCCAACGCGUGCGAGGCUUCCUGGGCGCAUUAA